ACUGGUUGAGCGAACCGUCAGGCGCUGCGCUGGGUCAAACCCCCCCCCCAUCUCCUCCCUACUCUCCUCGAUUCCCCUUUCCCUCGAUCCCUAACCCUAAAAAAAUCGCGGAUGGAGGAGGGCGUGGCCGAUGCUGCUACUGGUGGCGGGAUGGACGGCGCGGUGGAGGGCGUGGCCAACGCUGCGCCGGUCUCGGCCUCGGGUGGCCAUGGCGGGGAGGCGACGGGCGGCCAUGGCGGGGAGGCGGAGGGAGUUCCAGGCGCGCCACUGGAGGGCGUCCAUGGCGAGGAGGCGGAAGGAGGUCCAGGUGCGGCGCAGGAGGGCGGCCAUGGCGGCGAGGCAGAGGGAGGUCCAGGUGCGACGGCCUCGGAUGCAAGUACUCCGGCAUGGCUACAAGGGAUGGAUCCAAAUUCAACAUAUUUGCUGAAAAUCAAAUUGUUUGGCAACCCAAAAAAACUAGGAAGGAUAUCAAAUGCUUUUGUUAUGAUAAGGUUCAGGGCUUAUUGUUCAAGAAGGGAUGAAGAUAAGUGUCCAUGGAGGAUAUAUGCUUCUACAAUGGAAGAUGGGUGCACCGUAAUGGUGAGAAAGAACUCUUGUGGUCAUGAUUGCUCAAGUACAAAAAGGAAAAAGAAGAUAAAGAAUGCAACUAAGCGGUGGAUAUGUGAGCACGUGAAGGAUUGGCUAAUUGAGGAUGCAACUCUAGGACCAAAGGCAUUGCGAAAGAAGCUUAAAGAGCACCAUGGAAUCAACAUCAAGUACAAGAGAGUAUACAUGGAGGACCACCAAAGAAGAGGACAAAGACCACCAAAUCAGCUCAAUCAUCAAUUGUGCCUUACGAGGAUGAUGCUCCAUCAGCCAUGUGUUUUCCGCCAAGCCAAAUCUUGGAGAAAACAACCAAAGAAAAAGGGAAAGGUGGUAAAUCUGGAUCCGGAGGAGAAAAAGAUCAAGAACACAACCCAUUUGUGGCGAACAUGAUGUCGCCAAAAAGAAAACACAUGUUGCUGUGAAGGUACAUGCCAAAAGAAAAAGCAAAGAGGUUGCUGAAAUUACUCUGCACCUUCCUAUGGUGCCACUUGACAGCCCUGCAAUGGGUACAUGCAGCAAGAAAUUCAACCCUGCUAGCCCUGCAAUGAGCACACGAAGCAAAAGGAGACUUAGUUUGUGAUUCUCAUGUCAUUACUUUCCGUAUCAUGUUUCAUUUUGAAAACUGAGCUGUUUAUGUGAUGUAUGUGUGGACCUUGGCUCUUUACGUGCUAUAUGCGACCUGUUGUGAACCCUCUUUACGUGCUAUAUGCGACCUGUUGUGAACCUCGGCUAUUAUGUCAUCUUUAUGUGAACCUGGACUAUUGUAUGUCACUUUUAUGUGAACCUGAGUGUGUAUAGAUGACCAGCUAUGUGGGAUGUUUGCAUAUA